UCCUUUUCCAACCUGCCGCUCAGCCUAAUGUCAAGCCACGGCGGGAGCGUGACGUCGAGCCUGCACAGCCUCCCCACCUUGCCAUGGUUGGACGGCCUUGGGGCGGCGGGAGGAGUUAACGGGAAGCGGCCGAGCUAUACGUCGUCCGAUGCGAGGAGAGGGAGCACCCAGAGCGACCUCCCGGAUAUCCUGGAAGACAACGAGUUCCACGAGCAAGGUCCACACCAAGAGCCUUUCCCUGCAGGCGGCACCGACAGCAAGAACCUCUACCAGAAGAGUAACCACGGGGGCGUCCAUAGCGGCAGCAACGGUUUCAGCAGCGGCGCCGGCCGACGGCCGGGCUGCCCAGAUCAUCUGGCGGCAGCGGCGGCGGCGGCGGAGGCGGCGGCGGCGAGCCACCGGCCAACAGAAGCGGUCGGCAACGGCGGAGGAGGCAACGGCAGCGGGAGUAGCACGUCCACAACCAGCAACGGCAGCAGUACCUGCGAGGCGACCAGAAAGACAAACCGCGUCAGCAACGGCGGCGGCGGCGGCGGCGGCGGCGGCGGCGGCGGCGGUGGCGGCGGGAUCAAGCCCAGGGGCGCCCUGCCCGGCCCAGGCCCGUCGCGAGCACUCAACGGGGGAGGAGAUGGAACAGUUGCGGCCGCGGCAGGAGGAGGAGAAAAUGGAACAGUAGGGAUGGGAAACCGUGGGGGUGCUCCGGCAGACGGCGGAGCCAGCGCAAGCGCCGUCAGCGGAACGUCAGCGGCCGCGAUGGUUGCGGCGGCCAGACCGGGGCGAAGAACCAGCUUUGACCCCGCGGUGUUGAGGAAAGAUGAACUGCGAGGGGGAAGGGGUGGGGGUGACAGACUUGGAGGGGCGGCGGCGGGGAGGGGGGGAUCCAAUCAGCGGGCGGAGAGGCGGUUGACUUUUGGGGGUACUUCCACGAGCUCGGACGCUCCAGCAAGGGCGCCGUUAAGACAGUAGCCAACGGCUUGAAGAGACUCCAUAGUCCGUUGUAGCGUCACAACGGCAUAAAGUAGGGCUGCCAGGCAAGGAAGUCAGUCCACACGGAAUGGAAAUUGCCGGCUGUUUUAUUUUUGUUUCGGUUGGCUUCUGUUGGAAUUAGCAAUGGGGAGUGGGG